CGGCCUCAGUACCAAUUAUGAUGCUAGUAUGUCGCGGCGGUUUCAUCGUUAAUUUAUUUAGUUAAUUUCAGAACUAUCCACGAGAGCCACACUAACAGGAUUUAAGUGAAUUAUGCUGCAGCCAGACGUGCAUCUUUCUAACAGCCUUUCAGUAAAGGCGGGUAGUGAAUUUCGAUAUGGCUUAAGUUUGAAACAUAUCACUUUCGAGGUGGCUUCGCUGUGGCUACACCAGCGCAACAUACAGCACGUCGCAUCUUAUAGAAAAAAAAAUUAGUUCGACCAAUGCGACAAAACAGCUCACUCGCAGAUGCGAAAACAACUUACACUACUACAAGCGCACACCGUAACUGGGAACGUUCGACAGCUGAUCUGUCAUCGCAGUUUAAGUCAAAAUUUGACCACCAAACUAGAAGGAAGGCUCCUGCAAAUAUAAACUUUGUGAUAAGGCACUGCAGUAAAUCGUGUGACUCAGAAUCGUUUACAGCCCGAUGAAAAGUGCAGGUUGUUUUACGGUCCGUUGCAAUUUGUGUGAUUGAUUGUGGCUGUUGCCAGUGUUUCUGACAUCGAUAUUCCGAUGAUACUAGUACUGCUCGUAUUCUUGUUCGAUAAUACGAGAUCGGCUGCAAGUGUACGUUCCAGCGGUGUCCACAGGUUCUGCAGUGCACCAUUACUGAUAUAAAACAAAAGCCGACGUGGUUUUGAGAAUCGCCGAGCUUAGGCUUAAAUUGAAGUACGUUUGAUUGUAAACGAAAUCCUCAAUCUAAGAGAAUGGCAAGCGCUGGAGAGGGCUCGUCUUCUUAUAACUGGAAUCCAGCCGGAAAUAUCGCUUUUGAGAGUUUUCUUUCACAACUCGCGCAAGUCUCAAUUCAUGCUCCUCACAACUCUGGAAACGAGUCUCGCAGUGUAGGAAUAGUUUCUGGAGCGGUUCGAAGACAGUAUAAUAGACAGAACUGGAAUAACAACCAAAGAAGAAACCGCAACGGAUUCCGGAAUGGCAGCAAUCAAGAACGAAACGAUCCCCCCUUAGAGAGGAACAACCGAACAUUACAACAUCAGCAUCCUCAGCAAAAUUUACGGUUUACUUCACAAGCCUCAAAUCAGGGGACAUCUAAUCAAGGCACCUCUAACAGACACGGAAGUGAAGGAAUAGUUUCGGGAGCGGUUCGAAAGAAACAGAAUAAUAACCGAAGAAAUAACCGCAACAGGGCCCAGUACGGAUUCCUCACGAUACCAAAACGGGAACGGAACGAUACCGGAGGAGAGACUAAUGUGAGCAGCAUGCAGGGAUUAUCGCAACACCAGCAGCAUCCACAGCAAAAUUUUAGUUCGCAAAUGACCACACAAACCCCGAUUCAGAGGACAUCUAAUGAAGGUAACUCCAAUAGCUAUGGGAACGAGUAUCAUAACGAAGGAAUGACCUUGGGACCGGUUCCAAGGAAACGAAAUAACCGAAAAAACAAUCGCAAUCGACGCCAAAAUGGAUUUAACAGAAACCGGGGACAGAACGAUGCCGGGCAAGAAAGUAUUGUUGACAGAAAUAUCGAUGCUCCUAAUAAUAAUCCAAGGGAUACCCAAAUAUCACAUCAUACAAUUCCGCAAAAUGUUACUUCGCAGUUAACGACACAGGCCUUAACCCAGGAAACAUCUCAUGGAAGCGCUACCCAUAGCCACGAAAGUGGAGAGAUAGCUACAGGAGCGGUUAAAAAGAAAACGAAUAAUAACCAACGAAAUAACCAAGGCAACGCGCUCCAUAAUGCAGGAGAUGAGAAUAACGUUAUAGAUACAUCACAACAGCAGAAAAAUGGAAGAGACACUCAAGGCAACAAUGCACGCGAAAAAAAGAAAAAACAAAUGCAGAACAAAUCAAAACUAAAUCGUGCUCGACGUAAAAAACAGGCGGAAAUGAUAACUUCAAAGUGUUCACAGCGAGAGAAACUCAUCCGAGAGCUAAACUCUUCCAAGCUGGAAUGUCUUAUUUGCUGUGAUUUGGUACACCCGAAUCAACCCAUCUGGUCCUGUCCGAAGUGUUACCAUAUUCUGCACCUGCAAUGCAACACUGAGUGGGCCAGCAGUUCAGUUUCGUAUGCAGGUUGGCAUUGUGCAGCUUGUCGAAAUAUUUCAAGGAUUAUCCCUCGAGAAUACUACUGCUUUUGCGGUAAGAAACAAAAUCCUCAGUUCAACAGAAACUUUGUGGCGCACUCUUGCGGUGAGCUCUGUAAUCGUAAAAUGCCUUGCGGUCAUGUUUGCACUUCAAAGUGUCAUCCAGGUCCUUGUACACCGUGCCAUGAGAUAGUUUUGAGUCAGUGCGGCUGUGGCAAAGACACAUUUCUGAUGGAAUGUAACCAGACACUUGAUUUUUCCUGCCAGGCAAUCUGCGAUAAAUUUUUGGAUUGUGGGGAUCACACUUGUCAGCAAGUGUGUCACGGUGGUGCCUGUCAACGAUGCAAGGUAACCGUAAAACGUCUGUGUAAUUGCUCAAAAAAAUUAGUGAGCGUAGUUUGCGGCAAUUGGCGUUCAUACUUAGGGGGCUACCGUUGUGAAACAGCUUGUGGCGCACUACUCAGUUGCGGCCGUCAUAAAUGUGCCGAGGUUUGUCACUUAGGGCCAUGUGGAGAAUGUGCCCCAGCACUUCGCUGUUUUUGUGGAAAAAUGAACUUAUCUUGCAUAAACACUCGCGUAUACCUAGAGGGCUACAGUUGUGGAGCAGUUUGUGACCGACUACUCAGUUGCGGCCGUCAUAAAUGUGCCAAGUUUUGUCACCGGGUACCUUGUGGAAAAUGUUACUGGAUAUGUGAAGUUACUUCGAUAGAUGGAUUAAGGAAUAUGUUUACCUAGUCGAUUUAUGAAUGUACCGUUUAGUCCAUAGAAUAAUCAUUGUAAGAGGUUGUACUCGUUGGGCAUGUAUCCCUCGCGUUAAGAAAAACCUGAGUGUAUUUCUUUCAGCAAGGAAAUAGCCUUGAUGGGUGAGUCGGAGCCUUGUCUAAAUAGAUAUAAAAGUUUAAAACUUUGUUCCAUUUAGGUUCACCAGAACACGCAUGGAACGGUAAAGAUUUGUUUGAUAGAUCGUCGCUGUUGUGCCAUCUUGUAACCAGCGCCAUUUAGCACAUUUCGAGAAAAACGAUUUUCAAAGUUUGAGAUUGAAUAUCUUGAAACUUAUAAAUGGUAUAAACAAUUCAAAAAAACAAUUGAUGCUUCUAUCUAUUCUAUAUUAUUCUCUCAAAUAUUACAAAGAUCGGUUGACUAUAUUGUGAGCUUUUACUAAAAAUGUAAAAAAAGUCGCACUCACACGUGUCAUAGAUGUACAUUGAUGACAAAAUUUGUGGCGUGUCGUAAUCGUGCAUGGAAAAUUUUCCAUACAAGCAAAGCGAGAUGCAUUUUGAAGGAAAUGAGUCAGGGAAUCUAGGAAAAAUAGUACUUUUUGGUUGCAGUGUUGCCAAAUAUGCUAUAUUUCUGUUUCUCAGAGAUGGCUUGACCGAUUUGUACAAACUUAGUCUCAAAUGAAAGGUAUAAUCUUACCAACGGCUGCUAUUGAACUUUUAACUGAUUGGACUUCCGGCUCCGGAGUUACGGGUUGAAGAGUGCGGCCACACAGCAAAUUCCCAUAUAAACAAAUGAAAAAUUCUCAAAGGGGGGUGUAAGGGAAAAUUUCUUAAUCGAAUUUGUAUUUUUGAUGCCAAAUGACUUCAAAAUGCAUGAAAGGUUUGAGAUUUGAUGCAAUCUCGAAAAAAAAACUGCAAAGAUUGACUUUUUUAGAUUUUGGCACAUUUUUGCCUUUCUCAUAUAGAAAGGUUAUGCAAUCACUCUAAAAAUCGCCAACAUUUUUUUUUAUUUAGAGAGCAUUAAAAAAUUUUCAAGAAAACCCUGAGAUGGGAAAAAAAGCCCAAAUGUCCCAGGGAACGGGUUUGGACUGCCAUCACCCGUUCCCGCUAAAAACAAUUGCUCUUAUCCAGAACCUGAUUCCUCCCCGGCACUAUCUUACGGCAUUACUUCGGGGAGGGGGCAUAGCACCCACAUUCAACUAGUUAGUGGUUAGUUCCUUCAGUAGGGUUACCGCCCUACUCCUCGACACACCACCAGUUCUCCACCAUCCACACACACUGGCAAUUUCUGCAUGGCAGUCGGAAAGCUGGCUAUAAGUCGAGACUUAGUGCUCCUCCCCUACGAAGACAAUAUCGGCGGUAAACUUCAGAUCGUCUAAUUCACCGAGCCUCUGGGCUCCCUUAUGCCAUUCAGCAUCACGACUCAGCUCCCUUGUGCCAGUUAGCACCGCAACUCCCUUCUCGUACAAUUCAGCUCCAUUAACUCGUUGAGCUCCCGACUUGUUCGCGAACUACUCGGUCUAGUCCCCGACGGUGGACCUAGCCUACUCCGACAGAAAAUUCCCCGGCGAGAGAAGUUCUCCCGAAACCGAGUCAACAAGCCAGGUGUCAAAGUCAGUUCGGUGAUUCCAGUGGAGCGGGGCGUCCGGUUCGCUGGUGCCCCGAAGACCCGCGACUGGUGCUGUGUAGUCGCGGUCUACUCAGUCUGUGAAUCUAGCUUACGCCGACAGAGAGUUCCCCGGCGAAGGAAAUUCUCCCGAUACCGAUUCUUCUUUGGUUUUAAUACCACAAUUUGUUGAGCUCUUUGGCUCUCUCUCGUUCCAUUUCGCUCUACUUUCCCGGUGAGCCAUUCAGCUCCCGCCCUCACUUGUUCGCGAACUACUCGUUCAAGUUCCCGACAAUGGAUCUAGCCUUCUUCGACGAAGAUUCCCGGCGAAGGAGGUUCUCCCGCAACCGAGCGGUAGAUUUCUUCUGAUACCGAUGUUCGUUUCCGUAAGCUCUCCGCGUCGUCCCGAUCUACUCGAUCUAGUCCCCGGCGGUGGAUCUAGCCUACUCAACCGGCCAGCCAGCAGGUUCUGAGGUUCAUCCGGUUAUUCCGCUUGGAGCUUAGCUUCCAGUUCACCAGUGCCCCAACGACCCACUGUAAGCUGUGCAGCGCGGUCUACUCGGUAUAAUCCCCGGCGGGGGAUUUAGCCUACUCACAACCUACUCGGUAGGGUGUCGAGGUCGGUCCGGCGAUUCCGGCUCACAGGCGCCUCGACGACCCAAACUCGGUGCUAUGUCACGUACUAAUCAACGGGUCCCCGGCGGUGGACCUAGUGUACACAGUCGGAGAGUUCCCCGGCGGUGGAAUUUCUCUCGAAACCCGAUUUGUGGCUUCUAGUUGGUCCCUUCGCUCCUUCCUCUGCAGCUCGGAGAGUAUGCUCGUAACCACUCUGUUCACAGCGUCCCAGGUAUGUUCGUCGUGGCACAUUUCUUCGAUGAUAUUGUGCACUGUCACACCAGAUAUACCCCUACGAGCAUUCGGAGACCAUGUGUACCGAUGUCUCCUACACAGUCGCACCCCGGAGUGGGGUGACGAAGCAUGUCCAAACCGAUGCAAGUACUUCCGGAAGCAUCGGUGCCCGGACAAAAACUGCGUCAAAUGGAAGUUCACCUCACCUGUGCAGCCAAGCCGACAUAAUUGGGAUGAGUCGGUGGGUCCACCUGCCUUUCUCCGCGUUGUCCCACUCCUACUGCCAUUUAUCCAACGACUCCACUCGGACCAGUCUCCUUACGUUACGUGCAUUUCUCCGCUGAUAGCAUUCCACGUCCUCCGCCAGGGUGAUGCAGAUGGGGAUCAUCCCGGCGAUAACGCAUAUUGCCUCAGACGAUAUUGUUCUGUAGGCACUCGCGACUCGUACAGCCAUCAUCCGGAAUGUCCUGUUCUGCUUUUCACGGUUCCACUUGGUUUUCAGCGGAGUACCCCAGGCAGGAAACCCCAUAUCGGAGUAUCGAUAACGUAACAGUAGAUAGCAGACGUCUCACCCAUCACCGUUAGUGAAACGUCGUCCGCGAAACCCACGAUUUUCACUUUCCUGGGCAGCUGCAACGUUUAGAUUCCAUAGUACAUCCCGUUCCAAAAAGUUGGACCGAGAAUGGAGGAACGCCCGCUGUGACUCACAUUGACUUCUGCCCUUCGCUCGUCUCGUACAGCAGCACUCUGCUCUGAAAGUAGCUCUUCAGGAUCUGGCAUAGAUAGUCGGGAACCCUCAUUCUAGGCAGCGCUGCAGCGAUGGCUUCCCAGCUGGCACUGUUGAACACGUUCUUAACAUGGUGACCACAGCGCAGUUUCGAUCUCCUUUUCGCUUCUAUUUAGGUGACUUCUCAGCACUCUCGAGCACUAUCCGAAUUGCAUCCACUGUCGAUGCUCCUUUGCCGAAUCUAAACUACAUCUUGGACAGUGCACACUCACCUACCGUGUAUUUCGUCAACCUGUUAAGGAUGAUCGUUCCCAGAAGUUUUCCGAGUGUAUCCAGCAGGCAUAUGGGCCUGUACCAGGGCGGAUCGCCAGGUGGCUUCCAUGGCUGUGGCAGAAACACCAGCUUCUGGACCUUCCACAUUUCGGGGAAGUUUCCUUCUUUUAGGCACUUCUGCAGAACUAUCUUGAACAUGUCCGGAUAUACCAGAAUCGCAGCUUUCAGCACCACGUUUGGUAUUCCAUCCGGACCAGGGGCUUUCUUUGAUUUCAGGCUCUUCGAUGCUUCUGCGAGCUCGUCGUUAGUCACUUGCAGAUCCGUGUUUGUUCCUUUUUCUUCGUCGUACGGUGUCGGUGGCCAUAUCGUUGAAUCGUGCUUCGGGAAUAGACCGUCGACGAUUAUCUUCAGCUUGCUCGGCCACAUUUCGGCUGGCGUCUUCAUUUUCACCAUCACGGCUCGGUAUGCGUCACCGGUAUGUGGGAUUGGCGUCUACUUCUUGGCACAGCUCCUUGUGGCAAUCUGACUUGCUUGGUCUGAUCUCCCGUUUUAAAGCGGAUCUAGCUUCACGAAAUGCUGCCUUACGCUCUUCUCCAUCUGGCUCCGACAUUGCUCUUUGAGCCCGCCUUCUAGUUCUGAGACAAGCAGCGCGUAGCGUACUAAGCGUAUCGUUCCAUCAGUAAGCUGGACGCCGUUUAUUGCGUGGUUCCAGUUUUCGAGGCAUUGUGGCGUCACAUGCCGCUACAAUUCUUCUUGUUAGGUUAGCCGCAUCCACGUUUUCGGUCCCGCCGUUCGGCCGAACUAUCUCAACGAAGAUGUCUUUGUUGAAGGCUUUAGUCUUCCACUUUCGCUCACCGGUCAUCCUUCUACGUACUGCAGUGGAGUUCCGUUGACCGAUACGGCAGCGAAUCGCCUGGUGGUCGCUAUGCGUAUACUAUACGUAUACUGUCCAAUACAUGUCCGCCGUCAGUGAAGGACUACAGAAUGUGACGUCGAUGAUGGACUCCCUCCCGUCUCUCCGAAACGUGCUAACAGAAUCUUCAUUGUACAAUCGUACGUCUAACUUCGCUAGAGCUUCCUGCAGGAUACACCCUCUGGGGUUGGUUACUCUACUGCCCCACUCCACAGCACGGUCGUUGAAGUCACCACCAAUGACUACCGGCUUCCGACCGAUCAACUGCACGGUUAACUGCUCCAGCAUUAGGCUGAACUACUCUACUGUCCACUUUGAAGGAGUGUAACAGCUGCACACGAAGACGCCGUUGAUUUUGGCAAUCACAAAGCCAUCGUAUGAGUGUUCUAUCACUUCUUGAACAGGGAAUCUGCCCAUAACCUCCAUUACCGUUGGCCUGCAAUCGCCUUCUUUUAGGCAGGGCCUUUAAGGCCACCCGUCUAAUGGUCGUUUCCGUCCGCUGGGGUGCAAGGCAAGCACUUCGACCUAUGCGUGCAGUCUCUCGCAAGAUGACCCGUCUCCCCGCAUUUCCAGCACAUCCCGGAUCUAUCCGGGCCUUUGCAAGCCCCUGCCAAAUGUCAAAAGCCCAAACACUUGAAUCAUUUCUCCGCUUGUUUAUUCACUCGUAGGGCGGCUCCAGUGCCGUAUCAGCAGCGGUUAUCGGUAAACGAAUCAUCGCUGUGUGUGUAUGUGUGUAUGUGGAAAUAAAAUGUCCCCUCUGUUUCUCAGAGAUGGCUGGACCGAUCUGCACUAAUUUAGUCUCAAAUGAAAAGUACAACCUUCCCAUCGGCUGGUAUUGAUUUUUUUAUUGAUUGGACUUCCGGUUCCGGAGUUACGGGUUGAAGAGUUCGACCACACUGUAAAUUCCCAUAUAAACUAAAAUAAAAAAUUCUCAAUGGGGGGUAAAAAUCGAAUUUGUAUAUUUGAUGCCAAAUGACUUUAAAAUGCAUUGAAACGUUGAGAUUUGCUGCAAUCUCGAAAAACAAUUUUUUGACGAAAAUUUACUUUUUUUGGACUUUGGCACAUUUUUGCCUUUCUCAUAUAGAAAGGUUAUGCAAUCACUCUAAAAAUCGUCAACCUAAUUCCGGCCAAAACUUUUUUUGACUUAUAUAAGCUUAGGUAGGAGUAUGCAGUGAAGGGGUGCUACUUUAAAAUUAAAACUUGUUUUAAAUUUCCUAGCAAGUUGAAAUUAUCGGCAGGGUCCGGAGCCCCCGGAUCUUUCUCCUUGAUCCGCCGGUGGUUUCAAGCGAUGUUCCAGCGUCUACACAUAGUGUCUCGAGAUCGUGACCUUCGAUCUAUUGUAUGUAUGUGCAAAUCUUACUGAAUAUGUUUUAUACAUUUCCACCAUUGAAUUGAGCAUAACCAGUCAUGAAAUCGUAGUUUGGACAAAUCAGAAAGGCACAAUUGCACCACUAGGUGGAAUAAAACAGGUUUUUCAGAUAGCUUUACAUAGAAAAACGUCUAGUACAUCAAGAUAACUUAACACAGUCAUUUGAAGCUAAAAACUCACAUUUCUCGCUAUAUCUCAUUAACCAAGCAAUUCUAAAAAUGACACCCAAAAUGGCGUUUGUCAUAAGAUAGCAGAACAGCGACGAUAUAUGGCAUUAAAAUACUGAUGAUGUAAAUGAUGUAUUUGUCUGAAAUUAAAUAUCACGAUUAGGGUGCGAUCAAAAAUUGGCUUUCGAUUCUGAUAUCAAUCGCAUUGUAAAACAUUAAUUUAUUAAUUAUGUAACUCUAUUUAGAAACUUUUGUAUUUAUUUUUUAAUUUACGUGACUUUCUAUUUAGAAACCAUUCAUAAAUUACGAAGCGCAAAAAUUGUCCAAAGCGCUACGUAAUUUAUGAAUGGUCCCUUAUUCUACGCUCGAAAGAAAUUUAAAUUGCUCUUGCGAUCGCUUCCUCCGAUAUAGCAUUAAUGUUUCUGGAUGGCUGGCGGACAAACGGCUCAUUCUGCCCUGAAAUAGCCACUUGCACUUGCGGAAAAAGCUAUUCAGUCAUUAUUCGGGCAUAAGCAAAGUGCCGAAGGAACUAAGGGUUAAAGCAUGUAAAAUUGUAUGAUCAGUCAGAAAAUUACGAUGCGAUAUUUUUUACGUUAACUCAUAUUUUCAGGUGAUUAUAGUCGGGAUUUCUUUUUUCUUUCUUUCAAGAUUAACAAACAUUUUGGGUGAAUAAUAAAACAAAAUUGGGAUUUUUUUCUAAUAACCUAAGUGUGUCUUUACUUUUUUUAUUGUAUUUUAUAUAUAACUUCAAAUUGCGGCAAAAGAAAAAAACACAUUCAAUCGGUCCGCUCAAAUUUAUACAUUAUACACUAGAAUAUUGCUUUUAAUAAUCAAUACAAACAUCACAUUUAACCGUAUAAUUAUAUAUCCAUACAUCAACAAAGUUUACAUAAUUUUGUAGAUUAUCUAAUAAAUAAAAUGUUUU